AUGGCUGAACAGGUAGCGAAUGCUAUUCAGAUCGCCUGGAACCCGGCCUCCGACCAAACUCUCAAAGCACAAGCUUUCGACUACAUCAACCAGCUGCGCUCCGAUCCCUCCGGAUGGCAGGUCUGCCUUGGCCUCUUCACCGAAACCCCACAACAGCCCGAAGUUGUGCGACAUGUGAGCUUGGAAGUCGUCAACAGUGCGGCGCAGGCUGGCUUAAUUGAUUUCCCAUCCCUGGGCGUUGUGCGGAACAGCUUGUUGGCCUACUUGCGGCAGGUUUAUGGGCCUGACGGGACCGCCACCCCCGACGCACCGUACAUCCAGAACAAAAUUGCGCAGACCGUAACCUACCUCUUUUCCGCUCUAUACGGAAAUGGCUGGGAAUCUUGUAUCGAAGAUCUUCUGAACCUUACAUACAAAUCUUCCGCUAGCACGACCCGGGACAACCCGCUAGGAAUAAUUUUCUAUCUGCGGGUGGUGAACUCAAUUCACGAGGAGAUUGGUGAUGUGCUGGUUUCUCGGUCUCGUGGAGAGCAGGACAAGGCCAAUUCACUGAAGGAUUUGAUUCGCGAGCGGGAUAUGCAGAGAAUUGCGAACUCCUGGCAGGAGAUUCUUUCAGAAUGGCGCGACGGAGACGAUACAGUGGUGGAGGCUUGCUUGAAGGCGGUUGGCAGCUGGGUCAGCUGGAUUGACAUUGGUCUGGUGGUGAACCAGCCGAUGCUUGAUCUUCUUUUCCAGCAGCUUGGACGGGCCGAGAAGCAAGAGUUGCGAGAGGGUGAACAGCGAGUUCGUGAUGCAGCUGUGGAUGUCUUCACAGAGAUCAUCGGCAAAAAGAUGAAGCCCGCCGAUAAAAUUGAAAUGAUUGUCUUCCUGAAUCUAAACUCGAUUGUCACUCAGCUCUCCAACAGUCCACCCUUACGGGAAAAUCGAUUCACCUCCAAAUAUGACACCGAUUUGGCGGAAACAAUUGCCAAGCUUGUUAACAUCACCGUUAUGGACAUCGUGCGGGUUUUGGAAACUGAUACUGGCCCAGUGAAGGAUAAGGCGGACGAGCUUUUGCAGGUCUUCUUGCCGCACGUUUUGCGCUACUUUUCGGAUGAGUACGACGAGGUCUGCUCGACCGUGAUUCCCUGCGUCAACGACCUACUCACCUACUUCCGCAAAGUUUCUAAAUCAAACCCAAGCUAUGAAGAACGCAACAAAGCUAUCCUCCUCCCAGUUUUGAAGGCAAUCAUUGCGAAGAUGCGUUACGAUGAGACUUCCAACUGGGGAGAUGAAGACGAGCAGACAGACGAGGCUGAGUUCCAGGAAUUGCGCAAGAGACUCGGUGUUCUACAGCAAAUUGUAGCUUCUGCGGACGAACAGUUAUUCAUCGACGCCAUCUCAGAGCUUGUGGGUACAACAUUUGAGAACCUGCGAGUAUCCGGAGGCCAAAUUGACUGGCGUGACCUGGAUUUGGCUUUGCAUGAGAUGUUCUUGUUUGGUGAUCUGGCCGUCACUCGUGGUGGAAUCUACCAGAAGAACCAACCCGCCGGCCCUGCUGCAGUUCGUCUCAUUGAGAUGAUGCUCCGAAUGGUGGAAUCCGACAUUCGGUCGUUCACCCACCCUGCCACGCAACUUCAGUACAUGGAAAUUUGCGUGCGUUAUAGCGCCUUUUUCCAACACCACACACACCUCAUCCCUGGUGUUUUGGAAAGUUUCCUUCAGCUCGUCCACCACCCAGUCCGAAGGGUGAAGACUCGGUCGUGGUACCUUUUCCAGCGUCUUGUGAAGCAGCUCCGAACCUUUAUUGGCAAUGUGGCUCAAACCAUGGUGGAGGCACUUGGUGAUCUGUUGGUCAUUCAAGCUGAGCUUCCAUCCGAGGGAGAUGACGGCGAUGAGAUGUCUUCUGAGGACCAUGAAGGUUCCGCAGACGCAGUUUUCACCAGCCAACUGUAUCUCUUUGAGGCCGUUGGUAUCAUUUGCUCUACUCAUGGAGUGCCGGCUGAUCAACAAGUCGUUUACGCUCAGUCGGUGCUAAACCCUAUCUUUGCAGACAUGGAGCGAAACCUUGAAGCAGCCAAGUCAAAUGAUGAGCGAGCCUUGCUGCAGAUUCAUCAUGACAUUAUGGCUCUGGGAACUCUUGCCCGUGGAUUCUCAGACUGGAUGCCCGGUACAAGCACCCCUUCCAACCUGCCGGCGCCGGAGGUUUCAGAAGCUUUCUGCCAGGUGGCAGAAGCGACUCUAGUUUCCCUCGAGUCUCUCAAGAAUUCUUUCAAUAUUCGCACUGCCGCUAGAUUCGCCUUUUCACGUCUUAUUGGCGUUCUGGGGGCUCGUAUUCUCCCUCAAUUGCCGCGUUGGAUUGAUGGGCUUUUAACUCAGACAUCAUCACGAGACGAGAUGGCUUUGUUCCUGCGUCUUCUCGACCAGGUCAUCUUCGGGUUCAAGGGCGAAAUUUUCAGCAUCUUAGACACCCUCUUGACUCCGUUCUUGCAGCGAGUAUUCUCUGGCAUCGCGGAUCCCACGACUGGUACCGAUGACGAAAUCCAGCUUGCCGAACUCAAGCGUGAAUAUCUGAACUUCCUACUCGCCGUUUUCAACAAUGAUCUCGGUGCUGUCAUCAUUAGCGAGAGAAACCAACCUAUGUUCGAAACCGUCAUCACCACGAUCGAGCACUUUGCCAAGGACAUCGAAGACUUUACCACUGCCAAAAUGGCAUUUUCCGUUCUACACAAAAUGGGCAGCUCCUGGGGAGGACCAGACAUCGCCCCAGGCGCCACCAAUGGAACCACGCCGAACCAGACCACAUUGCCUGGAUUUGGUGGGUUCAUGAUCUCGCGAUUCUCACCCUUAUGCUGGGCGCUCCCAAUGACUCCCUCCUUCAACUCUAAAGAUGCCCAGGCCAAGCAGGUCCUUGCCGAGGCAGGCGGACUCCAGCGCACGAUCUACCUGAAGACAGGUGGGGAGUAUCUGGAUUAUCUACGGAACCAAGAACUGCCGGGCAUGGGCAUGGGAGGGGAUCUCAUUGAAGAGUUUUUGACGGCACUGAGCCAGCCGGACGCCAAGGGAUUCCGGCAUUUCUUCCCGUCAUUCAUCCAGCGAUUGAGCGCAUGA